AUGGAAGUGGAAAAAAGCGCACUGAUGGAGCUUCCAAAGGAAAUACUGGAUCUCAUAAUGAGGAGAACGGAUUUUCAAACUAUCCAAUGCCUCCGUAAAGUGUCUCGUCCUCUUCGAGACUUUAUUGACGAGAAAAAGAUGGAAGUCAACUUAUUAGACCUCGCAAUUGAUGCAAGAGCUGGAUGUAUUGACAUGAUGAUAUCGGCUCCCCGUCUUUCCCUGAGAAUCGAGUAUAAGAAGCAGGGAAAUGAUUGUCUAGUGAGAUGCAACGAUAGAAGCCAGAAGGUAAUCAGGAACGAGGACUUCAUGAAAGUUGCUCGAAACGACAUCCGUGAUAUUCUGAAGCAUCACAAAGCAGUUAUGCGAGGAGGAAUGUUCAGCUUUCAAAACGAGUCUUUCCACUUCCGAAGUCCUCUUUAUUUUGACUACAUCACGAAUCUCAAAAAUGAUUUGCAAGCGACAAACGGAAAUCUUAAAAUAAAGCACAUUGAAUGCAUCGUUCUUCACGAGGACCAAGUGGUCGACAUACUACAACUUGUGGACCUGGAGCCAUUGAAGAGUAUUCGUAUCAUAAGUUAUGUCCAAAACUACGAAGAUAUUUUUAGUCUUAAUAGACUAGUUACCCUCCCCCACUGGAGAAAAGCUGAACAACUGGUCGUGUCAGGCUUCAUAGUGAACGCAUCCAUUCAAAACUUUUCUCAUUUCAAGAAGGCUGAGGUUUUUGUGUUCAAUAUGUCAAUCGGAAAAGUGAAUACACUGAAAAAUGCCUACAUCGCAUUGCCUGGAUUCAACCGUGUCUUCAUUGAGUUCAGACAUUUCUCUGAUUUCCCUAACUUCUUGGAAAACUUUGCUCAUCCAUUCGUCGAAGGACCCCAACUUGACAAUGACAUUCGUGGAUGGUUUUUUGCUAUUCCGAGUAGUGACAAAGCUCUUCAUAUCACUAUUCAUAGAAAUCAUGGGAUCACUUUCCGGGCUGUUGAGAGGCCGCCUCAAGAUAUUUUGAUAAUGAACUGA